CUCGUUCCAGGUUUCUCUUCCUCCUGCUCGGUCCGUUUGGAAAAGGUGCGCAGUACCACGAGAUCGGACGCUCCAUCGCCACUCUGAUGACAGACGAGAUCUUCCACGAUGUUGCCUACAAGGCGAAGGACAGGACCGACCUGCUCUCAGGGAUCGAUGAGUUCCUGGAUCAGGUCACCGUGCUCCCUCCAGGCGAGUGGGACCCCACCAUCCGCAUCGAACCCCCAAAGAGCGUCCCGUCUCAGGAGAAGAGGAAGAUGCCGUCGGCCCCGAACGGCUCUGCUCACGGCUAUGACCUCUUCAAGGAGGCGGAGCAUGACACAGGACCAGAGCUGCAGAGGACAGGGAGGAUCUUUGGAGGUUUGGUGAACGACAUUCGGAGGAAAGCGCCCUUCCUGUGGAGUGACAUCAGAGACGCCCUCAGCCUGCAGUGUUUGGCGUCCGUCCUCUUCCUCUACUGUGCCUGCAUGUCGCCCGUCAUCACGUUCGGAGGUCUGCUGGGAGAAGCCACCAAAGGAAACAUAAGUGCCAUAGAGUCUCUGUUCGGGGCGUCUCUGACAGGCGUGGCCUACUCCAUGUUUGCCGGUCAGCCUCUCACCAUCCUGGGCAGCACCGGUCCGGUUCUAGUCUUUGAGAAGAUCCUCUUCAAGUUCUGCAGUAACUAUGGUCUGUCCUACCUGUCGCUGCGGACCAGUAUAGGACUCUGGACCGCCUUCCUCUGCCUGUUGCUGGUCGCCACCGACGCCAGCUCUCUGGUCUGCUACAUCACCCGCUUCACCGAGGAGGCCUUCGCCGCCCUCAUCUGUAUCAUCUUCAUCUACGAGGCUCUGGAGAAGCUGGUCCACCUCGGGGAGCUCUACCCCAUCAACAUGCACAACCAGCUGGACGACCUCACCUUCUACACGUGUCAGUGUUCUCCGCCUGCCAACGCCUCAGCUGACAUCCAGGAUAUCUGGAGCAAGAAAAAUUUGACUGCAGAAAGCAUCCAUUGGGAAAAUCUGACUGUGAAGGGCUGUCUGGAACUUCACGGGGAGUUUGUCGGCUCUGCCUGUGGCCACGAUGGUCCCUACGUCCCCGACGUCCUCUUCUGGUCCGUCAUCCUCUUCUUCACCACCUUCUUCCUCUCCUCCUUCCUCAAACAGUUUAAGACCAAGAGAUACUUCCCCACCAAGGUUCGAUCGACCAUCAGUGACUUCGCUGUCUUUCUGACCAUCAUGAUCAUGGUGUUGGUGGAUUAUCUGGUGGGAGUUCCUACACCCAAACUCGACGUACCCGACCGCUUCGAGCCCACGUCAAACACUCGAGGGUGGCUGAUCUCCCCGCUGGGAACAAACCCCUGGUGGACAAUGCUGGCCGCUGCUGUCCCUGCUCUGCUCUGCACCAUCCUCAUCUUCAUGGACCAGCAGAUCACCGCUGUCAUCGUCAACAGGAAAGAGAACAAACUCAAGAAAGGCUGUGGCUAUCACCUGGACCUGCUGGUGGUGGCGCUAAUGCUGGGCAUCUGCUCCAUCAUGGGCCUGCCGUGGUUCGUGGCAGCGACCGUGCUCUCCAUCUCCCACGUCAACAGUCUGAAGCUGGAGUCGGAGUGCGCGGCGCCAGGCGAGCAGCCAAAGUUUCUGGGCAUCAGAGAGCAGAGAGUCACCGGCUUCAUGAUCUUUGUCCUGAUGGGCUGCUCUGUCUUCAUGACCUCCAUCCUCAAGUUCAUCCCGAUGCCGGUCCUGUACGGAGUCUUCCUCUACAUGGGUGUGUCCUCACUCAAAGGCAUUCAGCUGUUCGACCGCAUCAAACUGUUCGGCAUGCCGGCCAAACACCAGCCGGACCUGAUCUACCUGCGCUACGUCCCCCUGUGGAAGGUCCACGUCUUCACUGUGGUGCAGCUGACCUGCCUCAUCGUCCUCUGGGCCAUCAAGGCCUCGGCCGCCGCCGUCGUCUUCCCCAUGAUGGUUCUGGCUCUGGUGUUCAUCCGCAAGCUUCUGGAUUUCUGCUUCACCAAGCGAGAGCUGAGCUGGUUGGACGACCUGAUUCCAGAGAGCAAGAAGAAGAAGGAAGACGAUAAGAAGAAGAAGGAGAAGGAGGAUGCUCAGCGAAUGCUGGAUGAAGCGGAGGACGAUCAGCCAUACGACCAAGGAAUUGACUUUACAGUAAAAAACCUGAAAAAACUCGUGGACCCAUCCGAGGUGAACAUCUCAGAUGAAAUGGCAAAAAGCGGCAUUUGGAAAUCAGUUUCUAAAACCUCUGAGAGCAGCAAAUCUCUGAAACGCUGCAACAGCCACGACAAGCUGUCGACCAUCCAGAUAAGGGUGGAGAAGGAGGACGGUCGCAAUGCCGUGGACGCUGAGACUUCAUUAUGAUCCACCGCCGCUCCCCACCACCAGGCGGCACCGUUGGAAGAUGAGGUUACUGAUGGGAUACCGUAGCCCUCUCUGAACUGAGGUGAAAGGUCAUGGGACGGCCAAUCAGGCUUCACCUCGCCGUGCCGUACUUCUCGUGCUGUGUGUUCUCAGGCGAAGGUGAACGUUUAAUUUUCUCAUCGUUUUAUGGUGAAACAUAAAGACUCCGCCACUGGGAGCCAAUCUGGCCGCCACUUUUGGAAACAUCUUCCUCAGGUUUCUUUGGUUGAUUUUUUACACAGGCGGUCGGCUGCUGCGCUGUGAUUGGCUGCUGAAUUAACACACACAGACUCAGUUGAAGGCCUGAUUUUUUUUUUUUUUCCAGACUGAUGAGUUUAAUUAUGGUUAUGGUUUUAAAUUUUCUGUUUCUGCUUUGAUGAAGCAGACGGAGCGGUUCACCUCCAACAGGUUUUUAUUUAAUCCGUCAUGCUGAUUUAAGUUUUAUAUAUGUGUGUGUGUGUAUGAGUGAGUUUCUAUGUAUAUGUAUGCGAGUGUGUGAGCGUGUGUGUGCAUGGUCACUGUUGUGCCUCACCUUGUUGCCUGCAGUGGCCGACUGGAUGAUGUCACAGCCGCUGUCGUCAUUGUUUCUUCUUAAAGUUUAAAUAAAAUCAAUUUGGUGACAACGAUCA